AUGGACGACAGAGACAAAUCCGAUGGGCGAACCAGAGAUCGACACUCCGAACGCGACCACAGACAUCAUCGGAGCCGCCACGAUUCCGAUGACCACCGUCAUCAUCGAUCGGACCGGAAUGCCAAACACGAACUCAAAACCAGAGAAGACCGAGAAGGAAGCAGAGAUAGGGUAUACGACAGAGACGAAAGAGAGGGUAGCAAAGGUAGGUCUAAAGUGAAGCGCGAUGAAGAGAGGGAAGAUUCAGUGGAGCCGCGACACUCGCAUUCUCACAAACGGAAGGAUAGGGAACACAGUGAGGAUCGGGAUUUGGAGGAUAAGAGAAUUAGGGUUUCUGAAGAGAAGAGGGAAGUGAAGAAGGAGCGUAGAAAGUUUGGGGAUAAAGUGAAGAAAGAUGAAGAUUAUGAUAUUGAACCCAAGAUCAAUGAUGAAGUCACUAAUGGUGCUCAUGGCGCUGCCUCUUCCAAAGAUAACGCAUCUGCGCAUAACGGCGUUGCGGUGGGAUCACCUGCUGUGGUGCGUGCUAGUGUGCCAGAGACAUCAUUGCCCCCUCCUCCUCCCUUUCCUAUAAAGAUGGGUCUUCUUCAACUGCUGGAAAACCUGGAAGCCUCUCUAUUGAUGCCUUAG